ACAGGCCAGAUUGCUUGUCCCAGCAGUCCCGUGUGGCAAACAUUUACAGGGUUAGGAGUGUGAAAUCGCGUGUGUUACAACCAGAUCAUGUCUAGUGAAAUGGACGAAGACCAAAAUACUGAAGGAUGUACAAAAUGGACACAUAGACUGUGCCGAGAUGGAUUUAAGGGAGAACUAAUGUCUCAGUUAAAGAUUGUUUGGCCGGUGGUAGUAACACAGCUGCUGCAGUACCUAGUACUGCUGGUCAGCCUUAUAUUCUGCGGUCACCUCGGCAAGGAGACGCUGGACGGCGUGGCACUGGCUUCCACGCUCAUCAACGUGACUGGAAAUUCCGUAAUGAUGGGUUUAGGCUCAGCCUGUGACACGCUAUUCUCACAGACUUUUGGCAGCUCAAACAAGUUUCGGGUGGGAAAUAUUCUACAGAGAAGUCUGAUCAUCAUGUUACUGUGUAGUUUACCGUGCUGUGCUAUUCUGAUGAACACAGAGCAUCUCCUUAUCUUACUAGGACAAAACCCAUUCGUUGCGAGACUAGGAGGGAAAUAUGCUAUUGUGUAUAUAGCGGCAUUACCGGGUCAAAUAAUUGCUAUCAUUUUAGCGAAGUAUCUUCAAGCACAGAGCAUUGUGAUGCCGAGUCUGGUUAUUGCCUUCGUGUCAAACGUUAUCAACUGCGGAUUGCACGCGCUGUUUAUCAGUGGACUGCAUUUUGGUAUCAUGGGAGCGGCGUUAUCUGUGGCUCUGACACAGUGGACGAUCGUACUAUUCCACCUCAUUUACAUACUGACCAAGGGAAGACAUAAGGCGACAUGGGAUGGAUGGACUUUGGAGAGCUUCAACGAAUGGGGAAAGUUCUUUUCUCUGGCAUUACCUGGUCUCUUUAUGGUCUGUUUAGAAUGGUGGACUUUUGAAAUUCUCUUCUUCAUUGUUGGUACACUUGGGGUAGUACCCCUGGCCAGCCAUACGAUAGCCUAUAAUGCGGCAGCAUUAGCGUUCAUGAUACCCCUUGGUCUGUCCGUGGCUGCAAGUGUACGCAUUGGAAACCAUCUCGGCGCCAAUGAACCGAGUAAGGCCGCCACUGCUACUCGGGUAGCUGUAAUACUAGCCUUUAUAUUCGCCGUGGCUGUUGGUCUUUUAACAUUAGCAGUGAAUGGUGUUCUUCCCUUAUUCUUCACUUCUGACCCAUCGGUUAUUAAACUUGCAUCUAAGUUGCUGAUGGUCUCGGCGUUGUUCGAAUUAUUCAACUGUGCACAGGGCGCUCUUUGUGGUAUCAUCCGGGGACUUGGUUAUCAGAUAUUCGGAGCGCUCACCAACUUUAUAUCCUAUUACAUUGUGGCAUUGCCUUUAUGUAUACCUAUGUUACUACUGACAAACAUGGGUGUCUAUGGUGCGUGGUGGGGAGUCAUUGUCAGCAGUGCCCUACAGACAUUUAUUUACUUCGUCAGGAUAUUACGUACUGAUUGGAAAAAGGAGGCAGAAAAUGCUCAGAUUCGAGCAGGGUUGGUGGAUAAAGAAGGGGCUGUAUCAUCAGGUGAUUCCUCCAUUGUCUUGAUGAGUGAACUUCAUGGCAGUAAGACAAGGUUAAUUGAUGACGAAUCGCUCACCACUAGAGGAACACAAUGCUAUGGUGUACUGUCGAAUCACGAGUGUAUCUCACCGCCUGGUGAGAAGCAAGACUAUUCGGCAAUGUCGAACUCAGACAUUCCUAACCAACAGCCGAAAGUCGCCGACAAAAACGAUGACUAUCACAAACUACCGAAUUCAUCCCCGAGUUGGAAGAGGACUUUGACAUACAGAGUUAUUUUAGUGUCCGUUUUGGUAGCCAUUUUAGUCGCCGGAAUUGUGAUAAAACUGCACUUUGACCAGUUUGGGGACACUGAUGAAAAACUGUGUAGUGACAACAAUAGUAUAAACUGUGUUCCUGGUGAUCUUGACUUUCUUAAUCUUGAUGAGAUCAAGAACGAACUGUUUGGUAAAAACCAUCCUCAGACAUUUGGUUGACGUGUUAAUGGAAACAACAGAAUAUGAAGCCAGAUACACGGUAACCGAUUGUGGUCGAACAUACACAACAUCAAUACCAUGCAUUGUGUCCCGGUCUGUAUAAGAGAACACUACAAAUAUGGUGUCGUCGUGUUUUUUUUUAUAUUUAACCAUCACAAGGACUUUGAAAUGUUUUUCUGAUUGUAAAUAUAUAUAUACUUGAAACGAAGCAACGAAGUUUAGUUAGUUUCAAAUUAAAUAACCAUAAACAAGACAUGCUAUACUCAAAUAUCAAAAUGUAUAUUUAGAAUAAUAAAAUUGUAAUUUUCAGCGUCCAUUGUAAUGAUCUGCUUUUACAUUUUACACUGCCCUUUUUCCAUAUUCUGGUAUUAUGACUUACAAUGGAGUCAGACUGUUGUA